AUGGAGCAACCAAAGACUAUUCCCAUUGCCAUCACUGGCUUGGCCUGCCGUUUUCCAGGUGGCGCCGAUACUCCCGAGAAGUUAUGGGAGGUAUGCGCUGCUGCUCGUAACACAUGGUCUGCCUGGCCACAGGACAGACUGAACGAAAAAGCCUUUUCUCAUCCUCAAGCAGAGCAUCUUGGCACCUUUCAUAGCCAUGGUGGUCACUUUCUCAACGAGGACGUUUCUCUCUGGGAUGCCUCCUUUUUCAAUUUCACGGCCGACAUGGCCAAGGCCAUGGACCCCCAAGUCCGGCUCUUACUCGAAACUGCCUUUGAAGCCUUUCAAACAGCUGGACUGCCCCUAGAGAAAAUCGCCGGGACUCAGACAGCCGUCUUCGCUGGGUCCAUGUUUCGGGACUACCACGAUCUACUUAUGAAGGAUGCUGAGAGCUUGCCUCGGUAUCAUGUUACUGGAAACGCUGCAGCCUUUACCGCUAAUCGAUUAUCUCAUUUCUUUGAUCUCCGGGGACCUAGUGUCAGUGUUGAUACUGCUUGUUCGACAGCCUUGGCAGCUUUGCAUCUCGCGUGUCAGAGUAUCCGCACGGGCGAGGCCAACAUGGCCGUUGUUGGAGGAUCAAACCUCAUACUACAUCCUGGAUCGUCCAUGAGUUUAUCAAAUCUUGGACUCACUGGCCCUGGCGGAAAAUCGUUUAGUUUUGACGAGAAGGCUCAGGGCUAUGGUCGUGGCGAAGGCGUCGCCUGCAUAGUCCUGAAGCCGCUCGAAGACGCUCUCCGGGAUGGCGACCCAAUAAGGGCUGUCAUCCGAGAGACUGGCAUGAACCAGGAUGGACGUACACAAACAAUCACCACGCCAUCACCCGAAGCUCAGCAGCAACUCAUCACCAGCUGUUACGAGCGAGCUGGUCUCAAUCCUCGGGACACCACAUAUGUUGAGGCUCACGGAACUGGCACCAUAGCCGGUGAUAAGAUUGAGCUCGGCGCCCUCGGCGCCACUAUUGGCAAAGGAAGGACAGUUGAAGAUUCAGUCUACGUUGGUUCCGUCAAAGCCAACUUCGGGCACACAGAGUCCACCAGCGGCCUAGCUGCCGUCAUAAAAGUUGCCAUGAUGUUGGAACAUGGAAAGAUACCUCCACAGGCGCUAUUCAAGAAACACAAUCCUCGAAUAGAUUUUGAAGCACUGAAUAUCAAGAUACCGACUGAGUUGAUAGAAUGGCCGGAAUGUGCUGUGCGUAGAGCCUCAAUCAGUAACUUUGGUGCCGGAGGCGCAAACACACAUGUCAUCCUAGAAGAACCAAGUCAUCUCGCACGCCAAUAUCGCCGCAAGAAUGGUAACAUCACACCAGUCAGCAUUAUGAGCAAUGACGAAUUUCAAAUUUUUGAACAGCCGGCCACAGAUGGAACUCCCCCGCAGACACCGCCGCGAACACCACCUCAGGACCGAGGCUCGAAAAGUGAAAUCACCCAAAUUCAGACAAGGCUGCAAGAAAUCAAUGAAACUUCCACCGAGUCGUAUCAAACAUACGUCCUGUCAUUGAGUGCUCGGGAUGAAAACAGCUUGCGAACGGCUGCUUCCAAACUCGCAGACACCUUGGCUUUGCCACCUUCGACGUGGACUCUGCCAAACCUUGCUUACACACUGAAUGAGGGUCGUACGCAUUUCCCAUGGCGCCUCGCUGUACAAAGCUCGUCGCUCUCGGCGCUUCGUGAGACGCUCAUCAACGAACUACCGAAACCAAUCAACUGCCCCCAACGACCAAAGAUUGGUUUCGUCUUCACUGGACAAGGCGCUCAGUGGUAUGCAAUGGGCCGCGAACUUGUCCAUGUUUACCCGGCAUUCUGUGAGGCUCUGAGUGAGGGAGGCGCGUAUAUGCGCUCCUUGGGCGCCGACUGGGAUCCUAUAGAGGAGCUCGGAAGAUCGGCAUCAGACACCAAGCUCAACCACCCAUAUCUCAGUUUCCCCAUGUCUGUACUCCUUCAGCUUGCACUGGUGAGGCUCCUGAAGACCUGGGGCAUUGUGCCGACGGCUACCACGGGUCAUUCGAGCGGUGAGAUUGCCGCCGCCUAUGCUUCUGGAGGACUCUCGUUUAAGGAAGCCGUGGCCGUGGCAUAUAUCCGUGGCAGAUUGACCUCUGAUUUUGUCGAAGCAGGCCGAGCUCGGGGUGGCAUGACGGCUGUUGCUACGAGCAAAGAAAACGCACGAGAUCUUUUCAAAGCUGCACAAGUAGGAGACACUGCAGUGAUUGCUUGUGUCAACAGUCCCAAUAGUGUAACAAUCUCGGGCAAUAUCGCUUCCCUUGAAAAAGUGGAAGAACUCGCGGGCAAGGAUAACCUCAUGUACAGGCGUCUCAAGGUCCCGGCGGCGUACCAUUCUUCGGAAAUGGAGGCUCUAGCAGAAGAGUACACCGCCGCGCUGGAAUCUCACUUCGAACCUAAGCACCCGCAAGAUUUUGCAGCGGCAUUCUCGUCACCCGUCACCGGGGGCAUUGUUGAGAGCCCGUCGGUAAUUCACAACCCAAGCCACUGGGUACGGAAUAUGGUACAGCCAGUCUUGUUCGACGACAGCUUGAAAGCCAUGGUGCAAGGUUCACAAGCCACAAAGGGUAGAGCGACCGCCAGCCACGUCGAUGUGAUCAUCGAGGUCGGGCCCCAUGGUACCCUUCAAGGGCCGAUCCGGCAAAUCAUUGACGGCAUGGGGCUGCAGUCAAUGAAAAACAACUUGGGCACUUGCCUGAAGCGAGGGGAAGACGCAGUCAAGACCAUGAAGGACAUGGCCAUCAUGCUAUACUGCAGAGGAUACCCCGUGGAUCUUGCAAAGGUCAACUGCCUGGAACAGUCGCAGCCUGGUCAGGUAGUGUCCGAUUUACCCACCUACGCAUGGAACCAUUCCAGCAGUUACUGGGAUGUGCCCAAGGUGGCGAUUGAUUACAUGCAGCGCAAGCACCCACGCCACGAUCUUCUUGGCGUUCGUGUCGAAGGUCUCAAUCCAGAGCAAGCCAUCUGGCGCAACACGAUCCGCAUCUCGGAUCUCCCAUGGCUUCAGCAUCAUGUAGUUCAGUCUGAGAUUCUUUAUCCAGCAGCGGGUCUGCUGGUCAUGGUGACAGAGGCUAUGCGGCAACUCGACGACGAAACAGGCGAGUCUAGCGGUGGCUAUGCCAUGAGCGACGUGGAUCUUUCCACGGCUGUCAUCAUUUCUGGUUCUGGAGAGCCAUUGGAAAUACAACUUGUCAUCAAGGAGCCAUCUCCAUCAGGCGAUGGCGACUUUGCACACAGGGAGUUCGUGUUUUACAGCAGAAGUCGAAGCGGAAGCUGGGUCAAGCAUUGUCGAGGCAAAGUUGCCGCAUCUCACCACCUUACCCAGAGUACUCUGGCAGGCGGACUUGAUCUCGUGCCCAUGGAUGUCGGGCACUUUUACAAGUUUGUCGAGAGGUGUGGGCCUACACUUGGUCCAGCUUUCCGUAAUGCGACGCGGCUUUCAGGCGGAGAUCUUUCGGCUGAGGCGACCAUUAUGAUACCCGACAUUGUUGCAAUGUCCCCGUCUUCGUUUGCGUCAAGUUGCCUCGUCCACCCAACUGUAUUGGACGCAUGCUUCCAUCCCGCUUGGGCUGCUUUGCCCAAUGAGCUUUUGGGGAAAAUCGGUCUUUCGGUUCCCCGGACUAUAACGAACCUUUUUAUUGACGCCAAUAUUCCAGAUACCCCUGGGACAGAGCUUGGGCUCAGAGUGUCAAUGGCGAAUGCAAGCCCUGAAACUUUUACAGUUUCCAUCACUGUUUACAGUCUCUUGGACAAAGACCGAAGACCUUUGAUCAAGAUAGAUGGCCUGACAAUGGUCUCCAUCGCUGAGAGUGCUAGCCCUCCUCCUUCUGACGAACUCUUGCUUCUGCACACGGACUGGAAGCCGAACCUCAGCUUCCUCUCUGCCGAUGACCUACAAGCGCGCAUUGUCGAGGUACCUGAUGCAGCCGAGGCUGUCUUCUUUGAUGAUCUUCAGAGAGCCACCGUCAAUGUCAUACAUGAUGCACUUGAAGAACUAACUCCAGAGGUGGAAGAGCAUCUCGAAUGGUACCACAAGAAAUACGUUCAUUGGAUGCGUGAACAGAACGAUGAGUUCUACAGGUCAAUGGCAGUCAAGGACCAGACUGAGAAGCUCCAGCUCUAUGAGAGAAUGGCUGCAUCAUCUUGCGUUAAUGGACGCAUGCUAGACCUGGUGGCGAGAAAUCUUUCUGGCUUCUUGACCAGACAGGCCGAUCCUCUGGAAGUCAUGGCCAAGGAUGGGUUCCUCUCCGAGUACUACGCAAAUAUGAUCAAGCUCACGCGAUGUCUCAAACACAUAGAGAAAUACAUGGAACUGUUCGCUCAUGAGAACCCAGGCGCUCGUAUCUUGGAGAUCGGCGCCGGCACCGGCUCUUGUACCGAGCCUGCUCUCAUGGGUCUCUCGCAAGGUGGCCGAGUGCCUUUGAUGGCAGAAAAAUACGUUUUCACCGAUGUAUCUGCAGGCUUCUUCGAGGCUGCAGGUAAGCGAUUUGAGAACUUUGCGAGCAAGAUGCACUUUCAAAAAUUAGACAUUGAGCGUGAGCCCUCUGAGCAGGGGUUUGUCGAAGGCGAGUAUGAUUUGAUCAUCUCGUGCAACUGUCUCCAUGCCACGAGCGAUCUCAAGCACACCCUGAGGAAUGCCAGGAAGCUGUUGAGGCCCGGCGGCAAGCUUGUCUUGCUUGAAACAACAACACCACACCUCGACCAAAGCUUGACUUUUGGACUCUUCUCUGGCUGGUGGCUGAGCAAGGAGGAUGAGAGGAAGAACUCGCCGCUUCUGAGUGCUCCGGACUGGGUCAGAUAUCUCUCGGAGUCUGGUUUCGGCGGACUGGAUGUUGCUCUCGGCGAUGCUGGAAGUGCCGAUAAUUCCAACUAUUCUGCCAUGGUUGCGACAGCAGAGGAAGUCACGAUGACCAGUAUUGCUGUGCAGCCCAAACCUAUUAUCCUUGCCCCGUUCCCACUGCGCAAGCUACUCUCGCAAGAGUGGAUGGACCAGCUUAAAGACACAGUAGCUGCCACAACAAACGCUCCUGUGGUAAUUGCCCACGACGUUGAAGAUUUGAAAAGUGAGGCGGCUUUUGUGUGCCUGUUGGCGGCUGAUCACGAGUCUCUCGUGUCCAUGGCGCCGUCCGAUUUUGACACGCUGAAGAACAUGACACUCAAACACGAACGGAUUUUGUGGAUCUCGCAAGGUGCAGCUAUCGAAGCACCACACGCUGCUGCAGCUCUACAUGCGGGCUUGCUGCGUACAUUACGCCUGGAGCAAGGCGGCGACAAAUAUGUGUCUCUUGACUUGGACCCAUCAAGGCCUUAUUGCUCACAAGAAAAUGUCGAAGUUAUUCGCAGGAUUCUCGAAUCCACUUAUCAUGCUCAAGAAAUUCAGGAGUGUGAGCUGGCAGAAAGGCACAGAAACAUUCUCGUGCCACGAUUACUCAAGGCUCAAUUGUCAUCCCAAGAAGCCGGAAAUCCCUUGAAGCAUGGUACAGAGCAAUUGGUAAAGCAGACCGAGGAGCCUGCUCUUCAACUAGACCCGAAUGCAGGCUACAUUGUCAUAGGAGGCUUGACAGGUGUCGGUCGGGAAGUUGUGCGCUGGCUGGCGCGUCUAGGUGCGAAGAAUCUGAUCGUUGUAUCACGCAACACAAACUUGCGGAGCGCCAGAGAACUGGGAGAUGAACUUGCGGAGGCGGGUGCAAAGCUGAUUCCCUUCGGCUGCGAUAUCGCCGAUAUGGGAGAUCUCGAAAGAUUUAUUGGCGCACUCAGGGUCAUCAUGCCUAUCCGAGGACUUGUUCAAUCUGCCCUGGUUCUCGAGGAUACCUCCUUCGCAUCCAUGACUCCGGAUCAAUGGGCUAUACCUUUGGGUCCCAAGUACCACGGCUCCAAGAAUUUUGAUGAACUUCUCAACUCUCCUGAUCUAGACUUCUUCAUCAUGCUUUCGUCUGUUACGGGAGUUUUGGGAAGCCACGGGCAGUCGAAUUACACUGCUGGUUCGACUUACCAAGACGCUCUAGCCUGUAACCGUGUCGCUCGAGGACUGCCCGGCGUAUCGAUUGAUCUCGGCGCUGUACUGGGAGCUGGCUAUGUAGCUCGGACGGACGGUGUUGUUGAACGCACCGGCAAGGCAGGCUGGCGAGCACACACCGUCCAGGAAGUCCUUCGCCUUGUCGAACUCGCCAUCCGCAACCCAAUGCAGGCAGAGAUGGUAGCGGGCAUUGCACCGUGGUCAGUCUCGGACGCGGAACAACUGAGCUGGCGUCGCGAGGGUCGUUUCAUGGCGCUUCCGCAGCGUCUUGAGACUUCCAAGAAGAAUGAAAAGCAGACAAAUGCAGCCUCUCUAAGAGAACGGCUGCAAUCUGCCGAGAGCAAGCUUGACACCAUGGUGGAAGGGCUGACUAUUCGUCUGGCCGACAUGUUCGUCCUCAGCCCAUCUGACAUUCAACAAAACCAGCCACUCGCCGCACUAGGAGUGGAUUCGUUGGUUGCAGUCGAGCUGCGGAACUGGCUGUCAGCUAACGUUACACCUAGCAUCACAAUCUUUGAUGUGACGCAGAGCGGCAGCUUGGUUGAAUUGGCAGAGAAGGUUCUUGCGAAAUUUGCUUAA